AUGACUCGCGUGGUGCUGCCUCUCACCGUGGAGGAGUAUCAAGUGGGGCAGUUGUACUCAGUGGCCAUGGCGAGUCAAAACGAAACUGGGGGAGGGGAGGGGGUGGAGGUCCUCCGCAACGAACCCUUCACCGACCACCCCCUCCUCAACGGGAGGUACUCCAGUGGCCAGUACACCUACAAGAUCUACCACCUUCAAAGCAAGGUCCCUGGAUUCAUCCGCCUUCUGGCCCCAAAGGGAUCCCUGGAGAUCCACGAGGAAGCCUGGAACGCCUACCCCUACUGCCGCACCAUCAUCUCCUCGCCUGUGUGCUUUGCUUGUGUGUCGCAGAACCCCGGCUACAUGAAGGAAAACUUUGUGCUCAUGAUAGAGACCUUGCACUUGGAUGAUGCUGGAGACAAAUCCAACGUCCACGAGUUGUCCCAGGAUAAGCUUCGGCAGAGGGAGGUGGUUCUCAUCGACAUCGCCAACGAUCCCGUCCUCCAGGCCGAUUACAAGCCCAAGGAGGACCCGACGAAGUUCAAGUCGGCGAAAACCGGACGGGGGCCUCUCAUCGGGAAAUGGAUGGAUGGGCAUUUGGUCUUGGAGAUGGAUGUGGACAUGCUGGUUGAAAGUGAAAAUGAUGACGGAAAUGUGGAACUUCAACUGGUUGAAAAUUACGAAGAAUUUUUAUCCGUCGACAACGAGCUUCAAUGCUACGAUGAAAAUGAAGAUUACGACGCUGCAAUUGUUGCUCGAAUUGCAGCGAAACACAUGACAGCAUCGGAAGACCAGGAAAGUGAUGAUGAUGCUCCUAAUGAGUUGGUGCAAGUGACAACACAGGAUGCCAGGAAAUGCAUUGAAACUUUGCGCCGCUAA